GCGCCUGCGCAGAAGGUCCCGCGUCUGAGACGCGAGCCACGCCGUCUGUUUCCAGGGCAACUAGGGCGCCUCUUCGCAAUUGCCUGCGGCACUCGGGUGGUUUUCCCCGCGCCCUCUACCAUGGCGGCCGCGGGCCCCAGCGUCUUCCUGCUCAUGGUCAGCGGGCAGGUGGAGAGCGCCCAGUUUCCUGAGUACGAUGACCUCUACUGCAAGUACUGCUUUGUGUACGGCCAUGACUGGGCCCCCACCACGGGCCUGGAGGAGGGCAUCUCCCAAAUCACAUCGAAGAGCCGAGAUGUGCAGCAAGCGCUGGUGUGGAACUUCCCCAUCGACGUCACCUUCAAAAGCACCAACCCCUUCGGCUGGCCACAGAUUGUGCUCAGCGUGUACGGACCAGACGUGUUCGGGAACGACGUGGUCCGAGGCUACGGGGCAGUGCAUGUGCCUUUCUCGCCUGGCAGGCACAAGAGGACCAUCCCCAUGUUCGUCCCAGAAUCUACAUCUAAGCUGCACAAGUUCACAAGCUGGUUCAUGGGACGGAGGCCUGAGUACACGGACCCCAAGGUGGUGGCUCAGGGUGAAGGCCGGGAAGUGACCCGCGUCCGCUCCCAGGGCUUUGUCACUCUCCUCUUCAACGUGGUGACCAAGGACAUGCGGAAGCUGGGCUACGACACCGGGCCUUCGGACACGCAGGGGGUCUCGGGGCCCAGCCUGCCCCAGGGCCUGCCCCAGUGAGGCCGCGGCCCCUCCGCCCAGUGAGCCUGGCCAAGCAGCGAGCGGACUGAGCGGCUCCCACAACGCAGGCCGCCACCGCCGACCCACCCGCCUGACUCCAGUGCACUUGGGGGGGGGCGGGUAUUUUCAUAAAAUAAAUUGUUGCUUUGUCACAGAA